AUGGCAUUCGCUAGCGUGUUCGCUCCAAAUUCACCUGAAGAAAUUGCUUGCAGACUUUCAGCACCCACAGGUUUAGAACCUCAAUAUCAAACUGCAGCAUCUACACAUUCUCCAAGCAGAACAGACAAUUCAAAUUCAAAUUUGUCCUGCAAUUCACUCAAUCCAAAGCCACUUUCACUACCAAAAACAAUACCAAACGAGCUCCGUAUUACAAAGAACCACAGCAACGCUGA